AUGUUAAGAGACUUAAACCAACCACAAGGUGGUGAAGCAAAUGAAAUGUCAUAUGACGACAAAUAUAGACACUUCUCCAUGGCAAAGAUGAGACAAGUUUUAAAUAUUUACAAUAACCGUAAACAAAAAGGUUUGGGAAACCACUCCCCCGAAGAAAUGAAAAACAACCCCGACUUAGAGAAAGACUAUAUAUUUAAUAAUUUAGUCAAAAGAGACAAACAAGAAAGAAUGCCGGGCUUCAAACUUCAGAAAGGUGACAAAGUAAAAAUAGAAAUACCCAAACGCGACCCAUAUGAAAAUACUAUUGACUAUGACAACAAUGGGAACCCGACAGGUACUCACAUUCGUGUUCGUAAAAAUAGAAGAAAGUAUACAAGAGAAUAUUAUGAAGUUUUAGGCAAACAUGGCAAAAUGUACACACUGCAAGCAGAAGAUAAAACUACUAUUGUCAGACCUCGUUUCAAACUUGUCAAAGUUCAAAGUGGUAUACUUUCAAAGACAGUUCCUAACAAAUAUAAGACAACUCCUGACGAAUAUGCUAAAGAAGUUGAAAUGACGACUAA